AUGCAAUUCGAUAAAUUGAUGGAAAACAUUGAAAAUUUAAAUUUGGACACGGAACUACUAGACAGGACCACGCCAAAGAUUAACUGGAAGGGUCAACCUCUGUCCAUCUCACAUUUACCGCAUUAUGACGCCUUGCAUUCCAAGGAAGCACAUGUCGCAUCAACGUUGCGACUGACCCCCAUACAAUACCUGACGUCCAAAAACACACUUGUUUCAUCAGCUCGGAGGUAUAUUCAGAAAUCGCUGCCGUUUCGAAAGAGUGAUGCGCAGAAGUUGCUCCGAAUUGAUGUGAACAAAGCCAGUAAACUCUGGGAAUUCUUUAUGCAAGUUAAAUGGAUUUAA